CUCUUCCGCUUGACCAUCCUUCUGCCAUCAGAUUUAUGAUCCCCAGGUUGAAUGUUGACGAUUUAGUUCUGGAAUUCUUCGCUCUGCGGUUCCCAUAGAGCUCUUCUUGCAUCGUCUCGCGUCUCCUUUACCCGACCGCUUUCGGUCCCUACUUCACAUGAAAAUUUACUAGUAAUCAACACGACGAUCGCUCCCAAUAAUCAUCCUCACUUGCCGUGUCCCCAAGGAUUCUUUUUUUGGCCCGAUUCUCCAUCUUUCACCCUUGUUCGGGCCCCAUUUCGUCUCUUCAGACCCCAGUCUCAGGUUCCCUGAAAUUUCCCCGCGGUCUCGCCUGCUCCCCGCGCGUAGUCGCCCUGAGAAAGCGGUUUCUUCCAUUUCUCUGCUGCCUUACACCCUUGCUCGACCAUGUCAAAGUCACGCCGGAACGUCCGGUUUCAACACCGAGGAAGCAACGGAUCUGAAAACCGUCGGAUGAGCAUCUCAGAUGCGAGUGAUGUGGCCUCCGACCCUGGGAGCCCGUCGAAGAAUGGCAACGUCUCCAAACCCGCAACGAUACCCGAAGAGAAACAGGAACAGCCUCAAUUGUCCGAAUAUGAGAAGAAGAAGCAGACCUUCAUCACUCGGACAAUAUGGACGUUUGUGAUGAUUUCCCUCUUCUUCAUUGCCAUGUUUUCGGGCCACAUUUACAUCAUUGGCAUCGUCACAGCAGUCCAGAUCAUUUCGUUCAAGGAAGUCAUUGCCAUUGCAAAUGUACCCAGCAGGGAGAAGAACAUCCGCUUUACCAAGUCACUUAACUGGUAUUUCCUGGCCACCACGAUGUACUUUUUGUAUGGAGAAAGUGUGAUCUACUAUUUCAAGCAUAUCCUCUUAGUUGAGAAGGGAUUGCUUCCUCUGGCAACUCACCAUCGUUUUAUCAGCUUUACGCUCUAUGUUAUGGGAUUCGUCUUCUUCGUCGCAUCGCUGCAAAAAGGUCACUACCGUUUUCAAUUCACCCAGUUUGCCUGGACGCAUAUGGCACUGUACCUGAUCGUCUUCCAAGCGCAUUUUGUCAUGAACAAUGUCUUCGAGGGCAUGAUCUGGUUCUUCCUCCCGGCCUCUCUCGUCAUCACAAACGAUAUCUUCGCCUACGUAUGUGGUAUCACUUUUGGUCGGACUCAGCUGAUCCAGCUGUCGCCCAAGAAGACUGUUGAGGGCUUCCUCGGAGCAUGGAUUUGCACCAUUAUUUUCGGUUACUUUAUGACCAACAUCCUGAUGCGUUACAAGUACUUCAUCUGCCCGGUCAACGACUUGGGAGCUAACGUCCUGACUGGACUUCAAUGCAAUCCCAACCCUGUCUUUGUGCCUCAGCCCUAUUCUCUCCCAGAAUGGACUGGCUUGGCCAAGACCUUCUAUGUUGAGCCUAUGCAGUUCCACAUCCUGGUGUUUGCCACCUUUGCCUCUCUCAUUGCGCCUUUCGGUGGCUUCUUCGCAUCGGGCCUCAAGCGCACCUUCAAGAUCAAGGAUUUCGGUGAAUCCAUCCCGGGCCACGGUGGUAUCACCGACCGCAUGGACUGCCAGUUCAUCAUGGGCUUCUUCGCCUACAUGUAUUACCACAGCUUCAUUGCAGUAUACAAGGCCAGUGUGGGGGAUAUCAUCGAGGCUGCUAUCAACGGCCUCACGGUGGAGGAGCAGUUCGAAGUGGUUCGCGGUUUGGGCAAAUACCUCUACAACCAGGGAACCGUUUCUGAGACGAUACUGGAUUGCCUUAACGGCGAGUUGAAACGCCAUUGAAAAUGACUCGCUAAUGACCAUCUCCUUUUUCGUGCCUGGGGCCCUUGAUGAACAUGUUCGGCUUCUAUGCAUCUUCUUUUUAAUCUUUCUAUUUUCUCAC